AGCUUGGCCCGUACGGGAGGUAGAUGGCCGUUCCGUCGUUCGACCACCUGCUCACCUCUGGUCGACGGCGCGACGUUGCUCGAGAUGUACUGCCAACGAACGACCCGUUCCCGACAUCGUCCUUUCGGCUGCAUCCGUUUAGGACAGCUCGAUGCAAUGCUGAGCUAGCACUAGCUGCAAGAGGAUCUAUCCCUCGCGCCCAUCCGGACACCUUACGGCCUAUCUUCGAACGAUUUGCUUCCAAAGUGGGCAAAGAUGGCAAGAAGUACAUGACAGCAGAGGAUUUUAUUAGGAAAUAUCUUGGCUUGUACACGGAUGAAAACUAUAAUCGUGAAUCUGUCCGGUUAUUAGCAUCUGCUGCGGAUACCACAAAGGAUGGAGACAUCUCUUUUGAAGAAUUUUGCGCUUUCGAAGCCCUCUUAUGCAGCCCUGAUGCGCUUUAUCUUACUGCAUUCGAAAUUUUCGACCGAAAUUCUUCCGACUCGAUCACUUGCGAUGAAUUUGAGGCAGUCAUCAAGCAUACACAACCUCUUAUCGACAUGGAUUUCGAUUUUAAUUCUGAAUUCAUCAAGAAAUAUUUCGGAGUUGAUAAACAGAGAAACAUUACAUACCACGCCUUUACGCAGUUGUUGCACGAUUUCUACGAAGAGCAAGGAAUGCAAGCGUUCAAAAGGUAUGACAAAACAGGAGAUGGAGCGAUAAGUUCGCUAGACUUUCAACAUAUUAUGAAAACUGUGAAGAACCAUUUGUUGACAGAUUUUGUACGCAAUAAUCUUAUUGCUGUUUCCGGAGGAGGUGCCAGUGGACAUAAGGUCACAUUUCCGUACUAUGCCGCGUUCAACAGUCUGUUGGCAAAGAUGGAACUCAUCAAACGAGUUUAUGUAAGCCAAGCCAGGGGGAAUUUGGAUCUGGAGUUGACAAAGGAAGAAUUCCUGCAAGCAACACAAAGUUAUGCUCAAAUAACACCCUAUGAGGUCGAGAUCUUAUUUCACCUCUCCGAAUUGGCGCACCCCGGCAAGAAAACUUUAUCGCUCAAGGAUAUCGAACUAAUAGAUCCUGAGCGACUCAAAAGAAAUUCAGCAACUGAACGUUUGAUCAACGUGAAAGCCGUGGCGAGCAAAGAAGAACGAGGUUUUGGAACGGCGGUGUUAGAAUCGGCCUAUCGGUUCCUGCUAGGAUCCAUCGCAGGAGCAUGUGGCGCCACCGCCGUCUACCCCAUAGAUCUUGUGAAGACGAGGAUGCAAAAUCAGAGGACUUCUGGAUCCUUCGUGGGCGAAGUCAUGUACAAGAACAGCUUGGAUUGCUUCAGGAAGGUCGUGAAGUAUGAAGGCUUACUUGGACUCUAUCGUGGUCUUCUUCCCCAAAUCGUUGGUGUUGCCCCCGAGAAAGCCAUCAAACUGACGAUGAAUGAUUUCGUGAGGGAUAAAUUCACAAAGGAAGGCAAAAUCCCGUUUGCUGCUGAGGUUUUUGCCGGAGGAUGCGCUGGUGGAAGUCAGGUAAUCUUCACAAACCCCUUGGAGAUUGUCAAAAUUCGUCUGCAAGUUGCUGGUGAGAUACAGACUUCGCAUAAGAUAAACGUCUUCACCGUCUUGAAAGAACUGGGAUUCAUUGGACUCUACAAAGGAGCUCGUGCUUGCUUCCUUCGUGAUAUCCCCUUCUCGGCCAUCUACUUCCCAGCCUAUGCUCAUGCAAAAUUGGCCACUGCUGAUCAUGAUGGCGUUAACCAUCCUGGUUCCCUGUUCGCUUCCGCCUUCAUAGCCGGUGUUCCGGCUGCUGGUUUGGUAACUCCUGCAGACGUAAUCAAAACGAGACUUCAAGUAGCUGCAAGAGCUGGACAAACCACCUAUUCUGGUGUUAUUGAUUGUGCUCGAAAAAUCAUGAUGGAAGAAGGUCCGGCAGCUUUUUGGAAAGGAACAGCGGCUCGAGUAUGUCGCUCAAGUCCACAGUUUGCUGUAACUUUGUUGACUUAUGAGGUGCUACAACGAGUCUUCUAUGUAGAUUUUGGUGGAUUGCGACCGACUGGAUCUGAGACCACCGUCUCAAAACCGCUCAUGGAAAGCUCGUUGAAUCCGGAUCAUGUCGGUGGAUAUCGUCUUGCGGCAGCAACGUUCAGUGGUAUCGAACACAAAUUCGGCCUGUUCCUCCCUCGAUUUGAACCUUCAGCUUCAAAAUAGAUUGACCUCAGCUAGUUUAUAAGGACAUACAACGUUAAUCAAUGUAAAGUUCGAAAGAAUAAUUCUUGUACGUGGGCUAUAAGAGAUACCUCGAAAACUGACCUCUUACGUGUAAAUAUUACGAUAGGCGACUCUUAUCCGAUUUUAAUGCUGAUUUACUAAUCGGUUUGCUUUUCUUGUAUAAUCGCUGUACUUUCUAGUUUUCUCCUCUUCAUCGCAGUUGAGCCGAAUUGCACUCAUCCUUUUUCAUUUUAUCUUCGAUCUUCUUAUAAUUUAGGUAUAGGUCAUUCUAAGUCUCACGAAAUUCAGCAGCGAAGCAAGCAUUUAACGGGAGAGAUAGGAUUGGAGAUUUUUAUUUGAUUGCUUAAUCGCUAAGCAUCUACUCCGUAAGUGCAAUUCUGACAUAUUUGCCUAACAGCAGCUACUGCCUUGAAGUUACAUAAGGAGCUUUGUACCAUUUUUUACUGUUGAAUAAUAGGAUGAAAUGAAUCGUUUAUACAUU